GCAUCCAGGGGCGGCGCGGAGCCGAGCCGUUCGCCCAGCCGCCAGUGCCCGCGAGCGCCGCGCCUGCUCGGGGAAUCCACUUCGCUGCUAGACGCUCCUCGUUCACGCUCGCUCCCUCCGCGGCUGCUUCCCAUGGCUUUGACUCUGCGGCCGGAGCCUAACCACUAACGGAGAAACUUUUCCUGCCGUUUCUUCUCUCCACCCCCUUCCACGAGAGGAUUAAAAGUUGCAAGAACUGGUGCGGUCCGUGUCACUUGGGUACUAGCCGGCGAGUUCCGAGUCUCAGCCAUGUGCACCAACAUAGUUUACGAGUGGCUGAAAGCGUUACAGCUCCCUCAGUACGCGGAGUCCUUCGUGGAUAAUGGCUACGAUGACCUGGAAGUGUGCAAGCAGAUCGGAGACCCGGACCUGGACGCCAUCGGGGUGCUGGCUCCCGCGCACCGCCGCCGCAUCCUGGAGGCUGUGCACCGGCUGCGGGAACAGGACGCUGCCGCUGCCGGCCUCUACUUCACACUCGAACCGCAGCCCGUGUCACCCGCACCGCUGGUGGACGCGGUGCCCCCAAGCCGCCGGGGGGAGCCAUGUGGCGGCUCAGCCCAGGGCACUCGCGGGGACCCCCGUGGCCAGCCAAGCGCUCCCCGCAGCAGGGAGCUGGUGAGCUACCCUAAGCUGAAACUGAAGAUCAUGAUCCGGGAUAAGCUGGUCCGCGAUGGCAUUCACCUGAGCAAACCCCCAUACUCGCGCAAGGUCCCCAUGGCCGGCAUCCUAGAGUACUUAAUGAAUUGGCCGAAGUCAUCACAGAACCGCUAGAUAUCAUUUUUGAAAGCCCGUGUUGGACUGAUGAGGUGCCGAAGACUGGAAAGGGGCGUACUUAGAACGUUCUUUCACAAGGGGAACUGGAUGGUGACUCUGCAAACACUCAUCAGCUUAACUUUUUGCUCGGAAAAUUCUGGAAUUAUCAGCUUAGUCAGCCGAGUAACUCACGUGUAGUAGUCAGGAGAGAGGCAGUGACAGACCACCUAUGGAAAUAUGUUGGAUUUGAUUUUCAGUGGACACUCCAUGUGGAAAGAAGUCUGAUACAUCUCUUGGAAUUUCUCUCCUUUGUUCUUUGAAUUUUUUUUCAUCAUCAUAGAUGGGGUUGACUAAGACUUGUGGGGAAUUACUAAUUUUAAGCAAACUACGUAAAAUAGGUUUCUUACAAUAGCUACUUAAUUAGAUAGCUUUCAAAUUAGCCUCUGUCUCGAGAACAGUAGCCUUCAUUUUAUUUUUUAGCAUACAUGUUAUUUUACUUCGUACAGGGCCUUGUUUUCGUUAAGUUACAAUAUUUCAUAUAAUUCUAUAUAAGCUAGUUUGGGGGAAGGAACUCUUAUUUUAGGUACUUUAUAUAGUGGUUUCACAUCUAAGUGUAGCCAUAACACUGACAGAUUAAGGAAGAAAUUAUUUUUCUGGGUUUUCAGUUUUAAUCUGGUGGAGGGAUGACUGUUACAUUAGGAGUGCCAUAGCCCAUACAUGUCAGCUCUUCAUAUUCUUCUUUGUCCUUGCCCACCUUCCCCAGAUGCUUUCUCUCAAACUCCCCCAUCCCCCUAUGCUUCUGAUAUCAGGUGUUGGGCAGGGAAGUGGGCCUUGGCAGUGGGCAAGAGGAGCCUUGUCCCAUCUGUGCACAAGGAGAAUAAAGGAAAAGGGAAGGAAACCUGGAGUAUUUUUUUUUUACUUCCUCAUCAUUAUUUCCUUUGGGUGUUGCUAGUCCACUUUUCUGCUAAGAAAAUACAACCCUGGUGAUGGGGUCUAAACCUCGCUGAGGAAGGGCUCCAGGUGAUUUGACAAUGUUAGCAAGCAUCUGACGCUGGCAAGUCUAGAGAGCCCCUCGGAUGUACUGUGCUUGUGGAAACAUCGUUUCACGACUCAGGAGUAGAGCAAAGAUGCAGCUUGUAUCACUGCAAUUAUGGACAUGAACAGCAAACUUUCAAAGGCAAGAGACUGACAGUCACUUUGUCUCUAGAAAUAGGUAGCCGAUUAAGAAGGGAUUACAUCUCCAGAGGCGUUUCAUGCCAUAAUACUGUUUUUUGUUUUUGUAAUCUAAAGUUUAACCACUAGAGCUGCCUUUAGAGAUGAUUUUAGGCACUGCGCAAAGCCUUUCUUGAGCUUUAAAUACAAGUGUAAGGAAAUUAAGUUCUAAGAGCACGUGUGUGAGUUGUCCCUUAUGAGCCACAUACAGUCAAUUGCUUGUCACCUUUUCAAAUAAGCUGAUCUGUAAAAUACCUGUUUGAUUUUUUUUAAAGAGGUGUGGGUGUCUGCAUAGAUUACUGAUAUGAUUUAUUGUGAUAAUAAACGGCUUCCUGGUUGAGGCCUCAUUUCCAGGUGCCGCAUCUGUGGCAGAUUUAUUUCGCAGAUGUACAUUUGCAUGCAUUUGUUGAACUGUGGCUAGCAAGGACCCAAUUUCUGAAAAAAUCUAUUAUUUUCCCUGGAGGCAAUAGAAUAAAAUCCUCUACG